AUGAAUCUUUUACAAAUUCUAGAAAACAUGAUGCGUGAUCAUAAUAUAUUAGCUAAAUCUUACCAAAUGAUGGGUGAAGAAAUUGAAAUUCAGCGUCAGAAAGCAAUGGAAAAUAAUGAAACAAUGCCAGAAGUACAAUUAUUAUUUACUUUGAAACCAGGAAUGGAUCGCAAUAGGUAUAACCUUCAGAGAACCAAUGAGGUAGCUGCUGUUUUUUCAACAUCUGCUGAUGGUGAUAUUCCUGAAUUGUAUAUUGUUAUACGAAAUAUUAAUACUAAAACUUUACAGUACGUAAGUAGCAUGGAUCCUAAUGUCGAACCCAUGAUUUAUCCAUUAUUUUAUCCUCAUGGUAAUCAAGGAUGGCAUUGCAAUCUAAAACGUGUAAAUAUCGACAAACGUGUUAGCAGAGGAGACUAUGUUAAAUAUAGAACUGCAAUACGCGACAGUGAGUUUAAUCUAUAUUUAUUAUAUGAUCGAUUGUUUCAACAGUGGUUAGUCGAUUUUUAUGUGAAAAUAGAAAGAGAUAGAUUAGAAUAUUGCAAAGCAAAUCAGAAAAAAUUAAGAAUUGAUUCAUAUCAGGGAUUAAUAGAUUAUAUGCAAAAUUCUGCAAAUCAAAAUAACACAAAUGUUGGAAAAAUGGUUAUAUUACCAUCAACGUUCAUUGGUUCUCCUCGAAACAUGAUGCAACAUUAUCAAGACUUGAUGGCCAUUGUUAGAAAACAUGGGAAGCCAGAUAUAUUUCUUACAAUGACUUGCAAUCCUAAUUGGAGAAAAAUAAGAGAAAACUUAUGCGAAAGCCAGACAGCAGUAGAUCGACCUGAUCUUGUGGCACGAGUUUUCAGUUUAAAAGUUAAGUAUUUAAUGGAUCUAAUUGUUCGACAAAGAUUUUUUGGAGAAGUUCUAUCUUUCGUGUACGUAAUAGAAUUUGAGAAACGAGGAUUGCCACACAUUCACUUAUUAAUUAUUUUGAAACCAAACUGUAAAAUAAAGACUUCAGAAAAAGUAGAUCGCUAUAUUUCAUCAGAAAUUCCUGAUCCAAAACUCAAUCCUGAUUUACAUGAAAUCGUUAUGAAAAAUAUGAUUCAUGGACCUUGUGGUGAUUGGUGUGUGGUAAACGAAAAAUGUUCUAAAAAUUAUCCUAAGGAAUUUUGCGAAACCACAACAAUAAACGAAAAUGAAGGCGUUAGAUAUUGCAGAAGAAACAAAGGUAUCACUUACAAUCGAACUAGUAAUUAUGUAGUCGACAAUCGAUAUGUAGUACCUUAUUGUCCCAUUCUAUUAUUACUAUUAAGAGCUUAUAUCAAUGUAGAAAUUGUUAUAGAUGGUCAAAAAUCUGCAAAAUAUUUGUAUAAAUAUAUAUACAAAGGUCAUAAUGCUUCUGCCAUCGAGAUUGGAGAAAUCAAUCAUGAUGAAAUUAAAGAUUUUGUAGAAACGCGAUAUGUAGGACCAGUUGAGGCUGUAAGGCGGAUUUUGAAUAAAAAUUUACAAGAAAAGAGUCACUCUAUUUGUCGUUUACCUGUUCAUUUACCAAACGAACAAAAUAUAGCAAUCGAUGACAAAAUGACUGGCAAUGAAAUCGAAUCAGUUUUGAAUCAAGUAACUAUGUUGCUUGAUUAUUUUGCAUUAAAUACUCGUGAUCCGAAUGCUAGAAAUUAUUAUUAUACUGACAUUCCUUUACACUAUACUUUCAAAAAAGAAAAAAUAGAUGGCAAAACUGUAUCUCAAUGGAAACCACGUGAAAAAUUCGACAGGAAAUCUGAACGAAUUCUAAACGAAUUCUUAAGGAAAUUUGGACGAAUUCCGGACGAAUUCCACACGUCAUUCGUGAGGAUCAUUUUCACCUGGGCAGUUUAG